AUGAAGGGAAGCAAGUAUUUUUUCAGUCGGCGCUUAGCUCUCACACCGGUACGAUAUUUUGUUGUCUCGGUUUUUUGCAAGGUUGUUCUUAAUCCCACAUGUACGGGGAGUCGAGCUCCAGAAUGGUAUAAGAUGCAGACGUCUCGAAACUGUCCCGAUGACUUGAGGAUUCAACUCACCAUCCGGAUGGACAAACCCAGCAACCUGAAGUACUGCGGCUACUGCUACGCUGUUGGACGUAACGCUUUCAAAAAGUGGCGAAAGCGCUAUAUUUGUCUCAUUCAGGCAAGUGAUGUACUCCUUCCGCUUCUCCGAGUUGUAUAA